AUGAAGCGUUUGAUAAUAAAAGAAGAAAUAGAUGAAUCAAAAAAUGUUUUUACGUUUAAUACAGAUGAAGAUUUAACAAUAACAUGGUUCGAUGAUAAAAUUGAUGACGAGAUAAAAACUAUGUUAGAACAAUCACAUGAUCAUGUACAAAUUUGUCAUUCAUUUGAUGAAAUAAUUUUAACUAUAGAUAAUAUUAGAAAUGAAAAAAUUAUUUUAAUUGUUGCCGGUCGAUAUUCUCGUGAAACAUUAUUUCGAAUUCAUGAUAACGAUAAUAUUGAUACAAUUUAUAUAUUUUGUUUAAAUAUGUUCUUAUAUCAAGAUCUAAUUGAUGAAAAAAAAUAUUCUAAACUCGUUGCUAUUUAUAUAGAAUAUACAACUUUAUUUAAUAUUUUAAUACAACAAAUUCAUUUAAUAUUAAAACAUUUAUCAAUAUUCAAUUUAUUUAAUCAUACUGAUAAACCAAUACUAGAUUUAGAAUAUGAAUCUAGUAACUAUUUAUGGUAUCAAUUAUUUCGUGAUAUAUUAAUGACAAUGCAAACAGAAAAUGAACAAUUUUUAAGAACUGAAGAUAUUGAAGCAUUAUUUCGUUUAAGAUAUUCUAUUAAAGAUAUUUGUAAAAAUUUAAUAUUAUUAUUUGAUAAAAAUUUUGAAAUAUAUCAAGAUUCACUUGAAGUAAUAAUAGUUUAUCGUGGUUUAACAUUACCAAUUAACAUUAUUGAUCAAUUGAAACAAUCUGUUGGUAAAUAUGUUUCAACAAAUGGAUUUUUAUCUACUACUUUUAAACGAGAUGUUGCAGAAAUGUUUGGUGCAAAUGUUAUUUUCGAAAUAAAAAUUGAAACUGAUUUAAAAAAUAUUAUUUAUGGUUACAUAGCAAAUAUGAGUUAUAAUCCUUCAGAAGAUGAAGUUUUAUUUGAUCUUGAUGCUAUAUUUCAAAUAAUAGAUAUUCAAUAUAAAGAUAAUAAAUAUAUUAUAUCAAUGAUUGCAAUUGAGUAUUUUGAAGAAUUAUAUAAAAAUAAUCUUUCUAAUAAUAAUGAUAAUGUAUUAAAGGAAUAUGAAACAUAUAUACUUACUGGAAAUUUAGCUGAUGCUUAUGCUCAAAAUGAUCAAUAUGAUUUAGGAUUAAAAUAUGCACUUAUUUCUUAUCAAAUACAUAAAAAUUUUCAUAAUAAUUAUUCAGUAUCAAUAGUAGUUAGUUUAUUAAGAAUAAGUUUAAUUUAUUUAAUUAAUGAAGAAAUUCAAUUAGCUUUUGAUUAUAUUCAACAAGCAUUUCAAAGUCUACCAAUGAAUGUUAAUUCUCAAUUACUUGCUCCAAUGUAUUUAUGUCUUAGUAGAUGUUAUUUAAAACAAGAAACUUAUUCUGAAGCUUCAAAAUAUUGUCAAAAAUCAUUAGAAAAAUUUAACUGA